UCAUUGUUCAGCAACAUGUAUCUCCUCACAAUGCUUCAAGCCUUUGUGACUAUAACCCUAGUGAUGCUUCUCAAAAAACUGAUCACGAAACAAAACAAUAAGAAAUUGUCUCUCCCACCAGGUCCCACAGGAUGGCCGAUCAUCGGAAUGAUUCUAGCGAUGCUAAAGAGCCGUCCCGUUUUCCUUUGGCUCCACAGCAUCAUGAAGCAGCUAAACACUGAGAUAGCCUGCGUGAAGCUAGGAAACACUCACGUGAUCACCGUCACGUGCCCUAAGAUAGCACGUGAGAUAUACAAGCAACAAGACGCUCUCUUCGCCUCAAGACCUAUGACUUACGCACAAAACGUCCUCUCUAACGGCUACAAAACCUGCGUGAUCACUCCUUUCGGUGAACAAUUCAAGAAAAUGAAGAAAGUCGUGAUGACAGAACUCCUUUGUCCCUCGAGACACAGGUCGCUUCAUCAGAAGAGAGCAGAAGAGAACGAUCAUUUAACAGCAUGGGUAUACAACAUGGUCAAGAACUCGGGUUCGGUUGAUUUCCGGUUCGUGACAAGGCAUUACUGCGGUAACGCUAUCAAGAAGCUUAUGUUCGGGACAAGAACGUUCUCUGAGAACACCGCACCGGACGGUGGACCGACCGCAGAGGAUAUCGAGCAUAUGAAAGCUAUGUUUGAAGGCUUAGAGUUUACGUUCGCUUUUUGUAUCUCUGAUUAUCUACCUAUGCUCACGGGACUUGAUCUUAACGGUCACGAGAAGAUCAUAAGAGACUCGAGUGCUAUUAUGGAUAAGUAUCACGAUCCAAUCAUUGAUGCAAGGAUCAAGAUGUGGAGAGAUGGAAAGAGAACUCAAAUCGAGGAUUUUCUAGACAUUUUCAUUUCGAUCAAAGAUGAAGAAGGAAACCCAUUGCUUACCGCCGAUGAAAUCAAACCCACCAUUAAGGUAAUAAUCACGUUACAGUUCCUAUGGCAAAAAACAGAAAAUCAUGUUACAAUUAUUUAUAUAUAACACAAGGCAUUAAUCAGAAUCAAGUCUUCAUGAUCUAGUAGUAAAGAAACUCUAGCUAGAGAUUCUGCUCUGGGUUCGAAUAAAAUUGACCACCUAAUAAAACUUUUUUGACAUUUUAUC